AUGACGAGCGCCCAGGCCAUAGCGGCGGCCGUCGAGGAGGGGCUGGUGCUGCACACGGGCGGCGGCGGCUCGGGCUUUUUCGCGAACCUCGGCUGCUUCUGGUCGGCUGAGGCGGCCGCUCUCUGCUACGCCCGCUCGCCCGAGGGCUGGGCGGCGGCGGAGGCCAAGCGCGCAGAGCCGAUCGACGCCGACUCUCACCCGGUCGCCACCGCCUGCCGGCACAUCUACUGCCGCAAGUGCAUCGUCGACUGGAUGCUCGACCAGCAGGCCUCCCUCGAGGCCGAUUUUUGA